AUGCCACUGAGUGGCCCAGUCAUACUGGCAAAGGCAGCGGACUUCGCCCUAAAGCUACACUACGACGACUUCGCUGCUUCAGAUGGGUGGUUGCACCAAUUUCGCGAGCGCUACGACCUCGUUUUCCGUGCUGUGUCGGGUGAAAUGAAUGCCGUCAACAUGAAAACGUGUGAAGGUUGGCACUCCGAAGUGCUUCAAGGCUACAUGAAGGAGUAUUCUCCGCAGGACAUAUUUAUUGCGGAUGAAAGUGCCUUAAUUUUCAAAUCGCUGCCCGUCAAAACUAUCUCGCGCACGCACUCUGGCGAAAAGCCCUACGAAUGCUCGUCGUGCCCUGCAACCUUCGCAAUCAGGGGAAAUCUGAAUGCACACUUGUUGACCCACACUGGCGAACGUCCGCAUCAGUGCGAGGAGUGCGGCAAGAAGUUCGGCCUAAAAGGAGCACUCACACGCCACACGCUGACUCACUCAGGAAAGAGAAAGUAUGGUUGUGAUGAGUGUGGUCAAAAGUUUACCCAGAAGUGUCAUCUCCAGUUGCACAUUCGUAGGCACACCGGUGAGAGGCCGUACGCGUGCCAACUGUGUCCUGCUACUUUCACAUCCUUGACGGCGUUAAAAGAGUACACUAUCACCCACACUGGCGAACUGCCGCACAAAUGCGAUUUAUGCGGGACGAGUUUCACCUCAAGAGGGGCCAUUGCUCAGCACAAGCGCAUUCAUGCGGGUUUCCCAAAGACGUCCGAUUGCGCAGUGCAUGAAAAAAGAAAACGAGCUCCUCCUAAAAAUCGGGAAACGCCUUCGCCUGAAGCACCCAUCACUGAUGAAGCUGCCGAGGUCUCCACCCUGCAAUCUUCGACCACGAAGGAGUGGUACAGGCAGAAAGUGCGUGUAUCGGCGAACAAGGUACAACAGAUGAAAAAGAAGAUCAAGAAACUGCAGCAGAACAAACGAAGACUUUCGAAACGCAUUGAUACUUCUAAGAAUUUCAUCUACCAACUGAAGGAACAGAACCUUUUAUCGGAGAAAGGGUUGGAAGUAUUCCAAGCAUAA